AUGUCUUGGUUUGAAGGAAUUUAUCUUUUUGGUAGAAUUGACUCUUGUAUGGUUCCAUCAGAGGAGGAUAAUAGUUAUUUAUUUGAAGACAUUUACUGUGUUCUUAAAGAACUUGAAUUAAAACUAAAGAAAACAGAAGAAAUUAUCAGAAAUCUUCAUAGUGAAAAUAUAAGAAAUAAAAGAAGAUUGAUGCCCAAAGAGAACAUUCCUAUUUUAAAUAAAAACAGAACGCCAAAAAAUCAAAAUAAAUAA